AUGUCUAUGCAUUGCAUAUUAAGAUAUGCCUCAAAUGAAACCAUACUCUCCUCACACUCAAUUUGCCACAAAUUUCGUGACCCCAAUGUGAAAAAUAUAGGCAACACCCACAAAUUUGGCCGCUUUUUAUUCCAAAUCAACACUAGUCACACUCUAUUUCCCGUCCCAUUUGGACCCUUUAGUUCUCCCUAUUCAACGAAGGCUCCUUCGAGAUCUUAUCGCAGGCGAGCCCGAAAGAGGUUUUUGAAGGCCUCCAAGCCUGUCCUAGACCAAGCCCAGUUUCAGUUGGCACUGUCCCAACUUCCCCCAAGGUUCACUACUGAAGAACUCUGCACUGUGAUUGCUCGACAAGAUGAUCCCUUGGUUUGCUUGGAACUGUUUCACUGGGCAUCUCAGCAGCCACGGUUUCGACACGACGUUUCCACAUUUCAUGUCACCAUUAAGAAGCUUGGUGCUGCAAAGAUGUACCAAGAAAUGGAAGACAUUGUGGACCAAUUACUUGCAGUUCCUUUAAUUGGUUCAGAGGCAUUGUUCAAUACAGUUAUAUAUUAUUUCACUCAGGCGCGGAAGUUGACUCGAGCUGUCAAUGUGUUUAAGCACAUGAAAAGUAGUAGGAAUUUAGUUUCUUGUUUCAGGCCUUCUAUUAGGACCUAUAAUAUUCUUUUUGCUGCAUUUUUGGGUAGAGGAAGCAACUCCUAUAUAAACCAUGUGUAUAUGGAAACAAUUAGGUGUUUGUUCAGGCAAAUGGUCAAUGACGGGAUCAAGCCUGAUAUUUUUUCAUUGAAUUCUAUGAUCAAAGGUUACGUGUUAUCUCUUCAUGUUAACGAUGCAUUGAGGAUAUUUCAUCAGAUGGGUGUGGUUUAUGAUUGCCAGCCCAAUGCAUUGACAUAUGAUUGCUUGAUACACGGCUUGUGUGCCCAAGGCAGAACAAAUAAUGCCAGAGAGUUAUGUUAUGAAAUGAAGAGCAAAGGUUUUGUCCCUGGUAGUAAAUCUUAUAAUUCGCUUGUCAACUCUUUGGCUCUUGGUGGAGAGAUUGAGGAAGCGGUAAAUUAUCUGUGGGAGAUGACUGAUAAACAGAGGUCACCUGAUUUUAUUACAUAUAGGACUGUUCUGGAUGAGAUAUGUAGACGAGGAACAAUUCAGGACGGCAUGAGCUUUUUGCAGGAGUUACAAGAUAAGGACCUUGUAGAUGGGCAUGCUUACAGGAAGCUUCUAUAUGUGCUUGAAGAUGACUAUGGGAAUUCAGUAAAGAAGGAACAUGGGAAUUCAGUGAGCAGAAUUGACUCAGGGGCAAGGGCCUUAUACACUUCUGCUGAACUGCAACAAAGAAAUGGAAGGUUUGCUUAUUCUUUCGCCCUUUUAUUUCAUUAUGUUGGAUAUGAAAUGGCAUCCUAA